AUGUCUUCAUCCCCGAUACCACCACGAAUAUCCUCGUCAUUAUCAUCCAGCAAUCGCACUCAAACAUCCAAUCGAGAUGAGUGCCUCUCACCAAGCAAUAACACUCCGUCCAGUGAGAACGUUGGUUCUUCUUCGCAACCACAUUUCUUGGACGGUAAGUCGAUACUGUUUCAAAUCAUGUUCGUGUCAAUCACUUGUGCAACACAAUUGAUUGCUCAAGGUCAAUUCGGGAUGCUCAUUAUACCGUUGAACGACCUUGGCCCUUGGCUUGGAACGGAUAACGCGGGUGAAAUGAGCUGGAUGGCUGCUAGUUAUGGACUGACAUUGGGUAUAACGGUCGUUAUCAGUGGUAGGGUAGGAGAUAUGUUUGGCCCAAAAUUAGUCUGGUCGAUAGGAUGUAUGUUCGUCAUCACGUCAAAUAUAGGUUCAGGAUUUUGUAAAUCACCUAUACCAUUUGAUAUAACGAGGGCUUUAGCAGGUAUAGGUUCUGCUUUAUCAUUACCGAACGCACUUGCGAUUUUGGGAAGGACCUAUCCACCUGGAAAAAUGAGGAACAUAGUUUUCGCGAUACUCGGAGCUUUGGCUCCUGCCGGUUUCCUCAUUGCAGGUACGAUGGCUGCUAUUUUUACUGUUCUAGUAGAUGUUAGAUGGAUAUGGUGGUUCACAGCAAUAUUCACAUUUGUAUUUCUAAUUAGUGGAUUAUUGAUCUUACCAUCUGAUCAACAUACCUCAUCUAAAUCUUCAUCCACAUCUUCAUCCCUAUCUAAUCAAUCACGUCAAUUCGAUUAUAUUGGGACUAUUUUAUUGAUAUUAGCAAUGGGAUUAUUCAAUUUCGUUUGGAACCAAUCUUCUUUAGUUGGCUGGGAAAAACCUUACGUAUAUAUUUUACUGAUCAUUUCAAUAAUCUCAUUUAUAUUAUUUUUCAUAUGGGAAAAAAGGAUUGGUAAGAAAGCUUUGAUACCAAUAGAAGUUUUAGAUAAACAGAAUUUAUUGGUUUAUUUGACUUUAUGGCUUGGCUGGAUGAGUUUCGGUAGUUUCUUAUUAUACACUAUGCUCUUUAUAUAUAACAUAAGAGGGCAUCAUAAUGCUUUGACCAUAGCAGCUCAAUUCACUCCUUUAGCACCGGGAGGAAUCGCCGCUGCUCUACUUGUUCCAUUAUUGAUACAUCGAUUUGCGGGACAUCAUAUAUUCUUAAUAGCUAUGAUUGCAUUUUUCAUCGGUGAUUUGUUCGCUGCUUUGGCACCUAAAGAUCAGAUGUAUUGGGGUUUGACUUUUUGGAGUAUGAUAGUGGUUGUUUUUGGUCCUGAUCUCAGUUUCAGUACUGGUCAAUUAAUAGUCAGUAAUUCAGUAGAACAUGAAUUUCAAGGUAUAGCAGCUGGUAUAGUCAGUAUGAUAACGAACUAUUCUCUAUCCAUCGGAUUAGGAUUAGCAGGUACGAUAGAGAGAUAUGUUCGAGGUUCAGGUGAAUCACAAGAUGAUUUGUUGAGAGGAUAUAGAGCAGCGUUAUGGUUAUCGACUGGAUUAGCUGGAUUAGCAGUCGUCGUAGUAGCUGCAUUUGUUAGGAUGCCUAAACAGCUUCACGGGCAUGAAGACCGAAAAAGUAAAGAGAAGAGAGUGGAAGAAGGUGAAGCGUAG